AUGGGCGACUGUCAGAAUGCCACUAGCGCGUGCACUGGAAAUCCUCCUCCAACGAAGACAACCCCAGAUUUCCCUCCGCAACCUGCCCGGGACUCUGCGCAAACUCCAAGCCAAGGAUGUGCUCAAAUGAUCGUGCCUUUGGGCUUUGCAGCGCAGCUCCGAGCCGUACAGGAAGCGCAGCAGGAACAGGCAGAGCGCAUCGCCAAGUUGGAGCAAGAGAACGCAGAUCUCAAGGACUUCAAGGAGAGGAUCAUCGAUAUCGCUGACCGAGUUCAAGCUUUGGAGCAGCGCGAAGCCUAUCGUGCCGCAAGACGCAGGGAAGCAGUCGGUCUACUCAGUAACAUGCGUACCCUGCAUCAAGAAGCCGACAAUGGAUUCCAGCAACGCACGGUGGACAUGCAACCGGAUGACCUCGAAGGAAUGUUGGGCGCGUAUGGCAUCAUGUUGACUACUGCAAUGAACAACCACCAGCGCAUGCUUGGUCAGAUGCAAACUGAGGUUAAGGAGCCACUCUUCUUGAGAAUAAAUUGGAAUCACAAGUUUACCUGA